CCUCCCAUUUUAUCCUUUUCUUUCUUCCCUCUCUUCCCCUCCACCCCUCUUCCUUUCGUCUUUCUUUCUCCUCAACACCCACCCGGUUGGGUGCCCCGUCUGUUAUCCAGCAAAUAUGAGUCACCCAACAACUACCUCCUCGCGCAAUGCCCUUGGGGCGGACUGGGAGAAGAAGGUGGACCAGGUGAAAGUUUCUAAAACGUACGCCCUGGGCAGGCUUCUCCCCACUACUUUUUUAACCUUCAUCUUCCCCUCAUAAUACUGGGCAAAAUGAUGCGAUGUGUACAAGUUGGGAAUCUCUCCGAAAUUACCAUGUUAGAGAAUAUGUUAGCUUGAUUUCUGAUAAUGCCCUUGUUUGCUGUUGGCAUUUUAUUCUCUACUACUCCUUAUCUAUGGUAUGGAAUUUUAGCUGGAUCGAGUGGCUAAUCUUUGGGAUGGUAGGGACCUUAACACUCUGGUCAUGAAUUAUCUCAUUAUCGAGGGAUAUAAAUCCGCUGCGGUCAACUUCGCUCAGGAAGCGAAUAUGUCACAUCAGGUUGACCUUGAUUCCAGCCAAGAACGGGUUGAUAUUCGCCAUGCAAUCCAUCACGGGGAUAUCCAGACUGUAAUUGAAAGAAUCAAUGAGCUGCAUCCCGAACUUCUCGAGACGAACCUUCCUCUGCAUUUUUCACUCUUAAGACUCCAGCUUAUCGAAUUGAUUCGAAACUGCGCUCAAUCUCCCGAUGGUGACAUCUCCGAAGCAUUAGCAUUUGCUACCACUCAUCUAGCGCCUCGAGCGCCUGGUAAUUCAAAGUACUUGCAAGAUCUUGAACGCACAAUGGCGCUUCUAUGUUUCCCAAUGGAAAAUCUAGCUCCUCCCCUCGCAGAGCUGAUGGACCCAGCAUUGCGAAGACAAGUGGCGGAUAAAGUCAACGAAGCGAUUCUCGAAGUACAAGGCGUGCCAAAGGAAGCCAAGAUUCGCCGUUUAGUUAGGCUGAGGGCAUGGGCCGAACAAAGAAUGAGGAGUGAGCGCAGAGAUAUGCCUAAUAUGGACUUGGGGUUAGAUGUUGAGUCGCAAACAUCGGAUGAUGCGAUGGGGGCCUAA